AUGAAAUUUGAGUUAGAUGCUUUCUCGCCAGAGAUUUUAAAUGGAAUAAAUUGUUCAGGUCUACCACCACACAAGUUGGUUCUGAAGGUUGGCGCUCCUGUUAUGUUGCUGCGGAAUAUAAACCAAACUAAUGGUUUGUGCAAUGGAACAAGGAUGCAAGUUAAAAGAAUGGGAAAUCAUGUGAUAGAAUGCAAGACUUUAACUGGUAACAAAGCUAGAAGUAUUGUUCUUAUCCCAAGACUGAAUCUAAUUCCAAAUAAUGAAAUAUUGCCGGUCAGGUUUCAAAGAAGACAAUUCCCAAUUAUCAUGUCAUUUGCAAUGACAAUAAAUAAGUCCCAGGGACAAACUCUAUCGAAAGUUGGAAUUUACCUUCCAAGGCCAGUUUUCACCCAUGGUCAAUUGUAUGUUGCGUUAUCAAGGGUAACGAGUAAAGAUGGUCUGCGAGUGCUGUUGCAAGAUCAUGGACACUUGGAAGAUAACUACACGAUGAAUGUGGUAUAUAGAGAAGUUUUUGAGAGCCUAUAA